GCACGGAGAGGAUGCGGCGUGCCUGGCGCACGCGCACUAGGCUCCGUUUUGAACGGAACAGAAACAAAACCAAGUGAAGCGGCCCUUCAGGAAACGUAUUAGGGCUCACGCGAACGGAGAGACGGCGCAUGCGCCAGUUUCCGUACAGGCAAGCGGUCAAUCAAGGGUGGUCGAGACCCCUCCCUUUCCCCUCCUUUAAUCCCGAGCAGCUCCGCUUCUAUUGCGGUUGGAUUUGUAAUCCCUUAUCUCUGGGUGUGGCAGCGGACUCGAUUCGUCAAACUUCGGUUCCCGCGAGUGCUUUUCUUGGGCGGUCGGGGGACGUGGAAGAGUCCACGACGGUGUGAAGGUAGCCGAUGUACCGCCAGAGGAGUUCUUCCGCGGGCGCCCAACCCUCCGCUGGAGAAAAUGACCAAGAGAUGUAUGAAUGUCCAAUGUGUCACCUUGUUUGUACUGACUAUCCCGUUCUACAAGAACAUGUUGAAUUACACUUGGAGGAAUCCAGUUUUCUAGAAGGAAGAGACUUGCAUGAUCUAGAAUUGGCUCAGCAUAUCCAGAAUGAGGAAGUGAGGCAGCGAAGAGAAGCUUCAAGACGAGAGAGAGAAGAUUUUCAGAAGCUGCAAAGGCAAUAUGGCCUGGAUGGUUCUGGUGGGUACAAGCAGCAGUCAUUGAAGAACAUGGAAAAGGAAGUAGCUCGGGGAAGAAUGCAGCCUUCCGAGUAUCAUAAGAGAAAAGCUGACAUGAUGGAAUCUUUGGCUUUUGGCAUUGAUGAUGGAAAGACACGGACUUCAGGCAUUACUGAAGUGCUCAGCCAUUACUAUCGAAGUGAAUCUAAAGACAUAAAGCGAGUCUGGCUUUCUAUGGGAGUGGAUCACUACUAUUGUUCUUUUGGAGACAAAGGCUGGGGUUGUGGUUAUAGGAAUUUUCAGAUGCUGCUUUCUUCUCUCCUGAGAAACAGCACCUACCAAGACUGCUUGAAAGAUCUUCGAUCAGUUCCUUGUAUUCCAAAAAUUCAGUCGCUGAUUGAAAAUUCCUGGAAAGAAGGUUUUGAUCCCCAAGGAGCUUCUCACUUCAACAGCAGAUUACAGGGCACGAAGGCAUGGAUAGGAGCGUGUGAAAUUUAUUCACUUUUAACUUCUCUCAGGCUAAAGUGUCAAAUCAUUGAUUUUCACCAGCCAACUGGCCCAUCAGAAACACAUCCUCGUUUGUUUGAGUGGGUGCUGAAUUACUACAAUUCAGACAAGGGAAACAGUGCAAAAGUGGUUUGUACCUCCAAGCCUCCGAUCUAUCUUCAACACCAAGGCCAUAGUCGCACUGUUCUUGGAAUAGAAGAAAGGAAGAACAAAACCUUUGCUCUGCUAAUAUUUGAUCCAGGCUGCCCCUCACAAGAAAUGCAAAAACUCUCAAAAGAUGUUGAUGGUAACACUUUGAGGCUGGUUCGGAGAUUUGCGGGUGGCUUAAGACAUAAACAGUACCAAGUGGUGGCCAUAGAUGGUGUGCUGUCAGCAGAGGAAAAACUCGCCCGUCUUCAGGCUUCUCAGCUCUUUGUAGCUCAGAGGAUUCCUUGAAGGAUGGAUUACUGCAACUUUUUUUAAAAGGAAAGAUUUCUGGUGCAUUCACACCAGAAAUAGGU